AGCGCGGCUGAUCCCGGGAUGGAGGAUGAGGGAUGAGGGAGCAGAGCUGUGCCCGCCUGUGGCUGAGGGCAGGGGGCAGGGGGAUGUUCCUCUGGGAUAAUCCCACCCUGUGCCACCCUCAGAGGGGACCCGGCCGCGGGGACAGCCCCGCAGAAGGGGCUGAACCCCGGCCUGGCCGCCCCCCAUCGCCCCCUCCUCUCCUGCUCCAUCUCCCGAGCAGCUUCCAGCUCCUCAUCUCCCUCUUUUCCACCCGGCAGGGACGAGCCCCGGCCACCGCAGAGCUCUGCCCGCUGUGACACCCCCUCGCAGCCCCCCAGAGCCUCCUCCCGGAGCUGGAGGUGCUGGCAGCAGCUCAGCCGGCAGCGGGGGUUGUUUUCCCCCCGCCGGCAGCCGGGAGAUUUCCGAGCAUCCGCAUCCAGGGAAGGAUCCGCUUUGAUCAGCGCUAAUUAUUGCUCACGGGCUGACAGCCCCCGCCCCGGCUCUGCGGCACCCGGGCCGCCCCCAGCCCGGCUGCGGAGCCCACGGAGCCCCGCUCCAGCCUCUCCCAGCUCCCACCUUCCCAGGGAAUAAUCCCACAAAUCCCAGAGCCCACCCCCGGCCCGGCUGUGGAGCCCAAGGACCCCCAGGAGCCCAUCCCAGCUCCCACCUUCCCAGGGAAUAAUCCCACAAAUCCCAGAGUUCACCCCCGGCCCGGCUGCUCCCGGCUCCGUGGGGCUUUGGGAAUGAAGGGAUGAUCCCACAUAUCCCAGUUCCCACUCCCGGCCUGUCUGCAGAGCCCACGGACCCCCAAGAGCCCAUCCCAGCUCCCACCUUCCCAGGGAAUGAUCCCACAAAUCCCACUCCACCGGGUCCAGGGAAUGAUCCCACAAAUCCCAGCUCCCACUCUCCAGGGGGGAAAGGGGAGCAGGGCCGCACCCCAGAGCCCGGGAUGUGGCACAGAGGGACCCCCAAACCCCAGCGGACGCAUCCACCCCUUCCCAGACGCUCUUUUCAUCCCCAAAAUCGCUGCCAGGACCCCCCAGUCCCCCCCAAAUCCUCAGUUCAGCUGCACAGCAGCAGCAGCAGCGCCGCCCACGCCCGGCUCCUUCCUCCUCCUGUUUAUCUCCAAGGAGUUUUAUUUUUUUUUUACAUUUAUUUUCUUUUCUUCUUCAAACAUCCCCCAAAUCCUCUGCCUUUCUCCCUGAGGACUGCUCGGGAGAAGCUGGAGCAGGGCGGGGAGGGCAGAGGUGGCCGCGGUGCCCCGGAGAGGCUCCGGGAUUGGGAAUUUUUGGGGUGCCAGGUGGCAGGAGCAGGCAGGAAUGCUGAUGGCUUUCCCAGGCAGCUGAUGUUUCUCUUUUCCCUUUAUUUUUCUGGGUUUUUUUUUGUUUCUUUUUUGUUCAUAUUUUAGAUGCUUUGCAGAGACAAACAGCCCAUUUGGGAGGGCAGCUCCGGGCCAUGAACUUCCCGGAGCCGGGGGAAUGCAGGAUCCAGGAAGGGCAGCUGAUAAUUAAUUAACCUCUAUACGGAAUUAAUUUAUCCUACAUGGAUUUACGUUUGUCCUAUAUGGAUUUACAUUUGUCCUACAGGGAUUUUAUUUGUCUUAUAUGGAUUUAUUUCUCCUAGAUGGAUUUAUUUGUCCUAGAUGGAUUUAUUUGUCCUAGAGGGAUUUUAUUUGUCUUAUAUGGAUUUAUUUUUCCUACAUGGAUUAAUUUGUCCUAAGAGGGAUUUUAUUUGUCCUAUAGGAAUUAAUAUUUAUCCUAUAGGGAUUUUAUUUGUCCUAUAGGGAUUUACCUAUGUCCUAUAGGGUUUUUAUUCAUCCUAUAGGUAUUUAUUUGUCCUGUAGAAAUUUCUAUUUGUCCUAUAGGGAUUUUAUUAGUUUUAUAUGGAUUAAUUUUUCCUAGAUGGAUUUAUUUCUCCUAGAGGGAUUUUAUUUGUCUUAGAGGGAUUUUAUUUCUCUUAUAGGGAUUUUAUUUGUCCUGUAAGUAUUUGUUUGUCCCACAGGGAUUUCUAUUUGUCCUAUAGGGAUUUAAUUUGUCCUAUAGGGAUUUUAUUUGUCCUAUAAAGAUUAAAUUUGUCCUAUAGGGAUUUAAUUUGCCCUGGAUGGAUUUAUUUGUCCCACAGGGAUUUAUUUCUCCUAUAGGGAUUUUCCUUCCUGUGCUCCCACGAGGGACAGGGAGGUGCUGCCACGUCCCAGCCAGGGAUGGAGCUCAAGGUUGGGACAUCCAUCCCAGGGAUGGGAUGGGAUCAGCACCCCAAUCCUGCUGGGAUGAGAUCAGCAUCCAGAUCCUGAUGGGAUGGGAUCAGCACCCCAGUCCUGCCGGGAUGGGAUGGGAUCAGCAUCCCAACCCUGCUGGGGUUGUCCCUGGCACUCCUGGAGAAGCUCCACAGCCCUGGACACAUCCACAUCCCAACCCCGGGCACCGGGAAGGGAUUUGUGAUCCCAGAUGGGACUCGGUGCAGCUCCCUCCCGUCCUCCCGGCGGGAUUUGCCCCUGGAUAAUUCCCGGCAGGCUCCUUUGGAAAGCCCAGAGCUCCCAGAUGUGUUUGGCUGCGUCUCCAUGGAUGUGUCGGAGCAGUCCAGGGACAGGAGGGAACUUCAGGACGAGGAAACGCUUCAGAGUUUCCAGCUCUGCUCCAAAUUAAUCCCUUAACCUUUUCCAAGCCCUUUUUUCCAGUGGCUGCGAGGAGCUCUGACCGUCCUUGUGCCGAGCCAGCCUCUCCCGGCACAGCCUGGGAGCGGGGAUUUAGGGAAUCCAGAGCCUGGGAUUUGCAGGGAAGGGGAUGGAGCCCACACACAGAGGCCAGAGGGGAUCCAGAGGCGCUUCCGUGGGGCUGGGAAUUUGGGAUGAGGACAAAGAUUCCAUGGGGCUGGGAAUUUGUGAUGGGGCCAAGAAUUCCAUGGGGCUGGGAGUUUGGGAUGGGGCAAGGAUUCCAUGGGGCUGUGAGUUUGGGAUGGGCUGCAAGAAUUCCAUGGGGCUGGGAGUUUGGGAUGGGGCCAAGAAUUCCAUGGGGCUGGGAAUUUGGGAUGGGGCAAGGAUUCCAUGGGGCUGGGAGUUUGGGAUGAGGACAAGAAUUCCAUGGGGCUGGGAGUUUGGGGUAGGUUUCAAGGAUUCCAUGAGGCUGGGAGAUGUCAGGACCGAGCCCACCCCACAAUAACCCGCAGACCCAGAGACACCAGGCAGGAAUCACGUGAGAUUCCAAGCCUGGAAUCACGGCAGGAUGGGGGAAACGCUGGCCCAGCCUUUCCCAGCCUUUCCCAGCAUUUCCCAGCAUUUCCUGGCCUUUCCCAGCAUUUCCCAGCAUUUCCCGGCCUUUCCCAGCCUUUCCCAGCCUUUCCCAGCCUUUCCCAGCAUUUCCCGGCCUUUCCCAGCCUUUCCCAGCCUUUCCCAGCCUUUUCCAGCAUUUCCCAGCCUUUCCCAGCCUUUCCCAGCAUUUCCCAGCAUUUCCCAGCAUUUCCCAGCCUUUCCCAGCCUUUCCCAGCCUUUCCCAGCCUUUCCCAGCCUUUCCCAGCCUUUCCCAGCCUUUCCCAGCAUUUCCCAGCCUUUCCCAGCAUUUCCCAGGAAGGGACAGUGCGGGAUUUGCUGUCCCCCCUCAGCACGGUCAGCUCGCCCCAUGCCAGGGAAGCUGUGGAGCAGCUCCCAUGGAAAUCUGGUGAUUCCAGGAGCUCCGGGAGCAGCCGGCGCUGCCAGGCGGGACCGGAGCAGCCUCGCUCAGAGUUUCCAGCAGCUUCGGCUGUUGCUCCGUCUCCGGGUGACCGAGUCCCUCCAGAUUCCCUCAAAUCUCCAUCCAAGAAUGUUGUUUGGGCUGAAGAAUGCGUGGCUUGGGAAGGAGAAAAGGGAAAAGGGAGGCUCGGGGUGAGCGGGGAGGUCGAGGCAGGGUUGGCUCGGCUCUGCCCCGCUGACCUUCCCGCCCCUGCCAGAUGUGGGGCCGGGUCCUUCCACCCCAAAGGGAUCCCGUGAUCCCUGAAUCCCUCGGGAUUCCCUUUCCCUGCCCUUCUGCCCGCUCCUGUGGCGGCCCUGGGGGCGCAGAGCCCUCGGAGCAGGAGCGGCAGCGCCCGGGGGGAUGAGAAUCCACAGGGAUUCCCCAAACAGAGAAUUCCAAGGGGACCUGCAGAGA